GUACCUCAAGAAGUGAUUUGUUGUCAGAAGACUGAGAACCAUAUUUGUAUUUAGCGGUAUUUAGAUGUUUCCUGUUCUGCGCCCCGUCACUGUCCGUGGCUGCAUUUAUGGUGAACGCUGCUGAUUCUUUUGUUGUGUAGUUAUUUAUUCGUUGGUGUUAACUGUUGGUGAUGUUUGACCGUGGAUUGGCUGAUAGUAAAUUUCCAAACCUAUGUUUGAGGUAAAUUCUAAUAUACGGAGGCCCUGACGAAACAAUAGAGUUUGAAACAUGUCAUUGAAUUUCGGAAGUAUUUGUCGGCUAUGCAUGACGCAGACUAAUACUAUGUUGCCUUUGUUCAGUGAAGACUGUGUUCUUCAAAACCGAAUAAUGGCUGUAGUGUCAGUUAUAAAGCUCCAUGUAGACGAUGGUUUGCCUUCACAGGUUUGCCAGCAAUGUGUACACCAAGUGAAUAAUGCCUAUAAUUUUAAACUGCUGUGUGAGAGCUCUGAUUUUGCAUUACGGCAGUACCUAAGUACUGGGCAGUCAGAAAACCAGCCAUAUCAGACUUCUUCACCUGUGGAUGAACCAAGUUUAGAUGAUGAAACUGAUGUGAAACCUUUCCUGAGCUUUUCUGUAGAUAAAGCUGAUGUGUCACAGGGAAUGGAGGAAUGUAGCGCAGAGGAAACAAAGUUUUCUUCGACUUUGAAAGACAUUGGAGAGUCUGCACAACAACACUGCUUUACAAUGGAAGGAACUGAGAAGCAUAGUUCACAACCCUCUGAGGAACUUUCUCAGUGUCAUGCUUCAGUAGUAGUCGAUCCAAUUAAGGGUUUGUUCCCCUGUAAUAUUUGUGGUAAAAGUUUCAUAAAUAAGAGUAAACAGAAGGAACAUGUAACAAGACAUGUUGGGGGAAGGCCACAUGUAUGUGAAGUGUGCGGAAAGAGAUUCAAGGAGCGUAGCGGCCUGAAGAAACAUGCUAUUUCUCACACAGGAGAGAAGGCACAUGUGUGUGAGGUGUGUGGCAAAAGGUUCACAUUGCUUACCCAUCUGAAGACCCAUAAUUUGGUUCAUACAGGGCAGAAAUCACAUGUGUGUGAUAUCUGUGGCAAGAGAUUUGGUCAGCUAGGCAACUUCAGGAAACAUGCAUUACUUCACACAGGAGAGAAGCCCUUCAAUUGUAGUCUAUGUGGUAAAUGUUUUUCUCAGAAAGACACCUUGAAGAUGCAUAUAGCAGCUCAUGAGGGCCAGAAGCCACAUGUGUGCAACAUCUGUGGUAAAAGGUUUGCUCAACGUGGAUGUCUUAAGACACACGUAAUUGUCCAUUCUGGACAGAAGGAAUUUUGUUGUAAUGUCUGUGGUUCCAGUUUUACUAGGAAACAUAAUCUGAAGAAACAUGCAGUUAGGCACCUUGUUCACUGACAGAUUUUUCUAUGGGGUACACCUUGACUGGCUAAACCAGAUGCAUACCUGAGGAGCUGCACAACAAUUUUGAACUUUUGUGAAGUGUUAUUGUUCCAUGUGAGUGAAAUAUCCUUUCAAGUUCAGUACACAAAUAAUGGAAAUGAUAGAGCUUGCUCAUGUGACUGCGAAUAUGAGAUUUAUAUAUGAAUGUGUGUUGCAUUCAACUACAGAAACUUUUUGUUUACUGUGAAUUUCUUGGAGAAUUCUAGCAUUUGUUAAUAGGAAAGUCUGAAAGUGUACUUGAAGCAUUGGACUUGUAUAGAUUUAUAAGCAGUAAAAUAUUAUGUUUGUA